CCAACAACAACCAAUCUUAACAAAAAAAUUUUAAACAAUACAAUUUAAUAAAAGCACUUUACAAAAAAAAAAGGAACACCAUAUAACAAGUAAUAAUAUUCAACUUUGCAUUAAAACACGCAAAACCAGUGAGUUCAAAAAAUAAACGAAAUACAAAUCUUGGAAUCUUCAACUUAUAUAAAUAGUAUACAAAUAUAUUAUACGGAUAUAAUCAGAGUGUUUUACACUAGCCAACAAAUCAGAAAAAAGCCAGUUAAAUCAGAAACAUUUCGAAAAGAAGAACACUACCUCACAGAGCAGAGAAAUAAAAACGAAAGUCAACCGAAAAGUGUACAAAAAAUAUAACGAAUCUUAAAACCAGUACAAAGCCCCGCAGUUUUCAAAGACAACUGCAUAGCCAUGCCAGUGUUUGAGCUUAAAUGGCGUCUUCAAUUUUAGCCCAGAGCAGCACAGGUGCUACCGUCGACAGCAGCAGUUUGGGAGCAACUGCAGCAGCAACAGCAGCAGCAACAUCUGUGGAGGCCACCGUAUCCUCACUGCACAAUACCCACUUGAAUCAGCUGAGCAGCCUCAGUCAGCACUACACUACCGCGUACCAUCAUCCGCAUCCACAUCCGCAUCACCACUACCAGCAACACUAUCCCCAGCAGCAACACCUCCAGCAGCAGCAGCAGCAACAUCAGCAGCAGCAGCACUGGGACUACUAUGCCAGGCAACAGCAGCAGCAGCAACAUCAUCAACAGCAGCAGCAGCAACAGCCAGCGGCCGCCACCAGCAACACCAACGGCAACAGCAGCAGCAGCAACACGAACGACAACUGCAACAGCAACAGCAACAACACUACGGUUCCAGCGCCUUUGGGCAGCAGCAACAGUAGCAGCAAUCAUGCUAAUGCUGCAACCGGCUGCAACCCUGGCCAGCGGCAACAUGGCGAUGCCAAUGCCAAUCCCAUUUCCGCCGCCUCCACCGCAUUAGGAGAUCCGGGUAAUCCGGGUAACAACACAACUAGUAACGCCAACGCCAACGCCAACGCCAACGCCAACUCGAAUUCGAACUCCAAUUCCAAUUCGAACGGCAGCUAUACGCGUCCCUGGGAAAUGGAGUCCAAGGACAAUGGUCCACAACCCCAGACGCAACCCAAUCAUCUGCAGCAGCUAAAGAGCGGCUUUGAACCCUUCUCCAAGUUGCCCUCGUUUCAGAGCCAGUUUCAUGGCUUCAAUGAGCAAUUACAACCAGAUGGUACACCCAUGCCAGUGCCCCUAGUACCGCCGCCUGGAUCGGCAGUCACAGCUCCUGCGGGUUCAGUAUCCGGCUCCGUAGGACUAAAUUCAGUAUCCGGCUCCGUAGGACCAAAUUCAGUCUCCGGCGUUGUGGGUCCAACAGCCAUGAGUUCCCUGCAAACGGUGGCUAUGUCGCCGGCCAGCAUAUCGGUUAGUUCGCCCGGCAUGAUGAGCGUGGGCUCACCUUUGACCCAGCUAUCGAGUCUGCAGACCAGCAUCACACCACCCUCAGCGGGCAGUUUUCCGGCGCCACCGCCGCCGAAUGCGUUUGCCCAUGCCCACCACGCCCUCAAUCCGCACCAUCAUCAUCAUCGAGGAGCCACUGGCUAUCCCACACCCUAUGCGGAGCUACCACUCUAUCCGGGAUUCACCCCGUUGAGUGUCAAGAAGGAACCAGUAUCGGGAGGAACCAGCGACUUCGAGAUGCUGCUCAAGAAGGAGGACUUUGAUCUCAGCAACAGCGGCGGACUGAUCCACCAUCCGUUGCAGCAUGGCCAGCCGCAUCCCAUACCGAUGGGCAUGCACACGCCCACUUCGUACGAUGGCAACAACAGCAACAACAGCUAUCCGCAGGCGGCUGGCAGUGGGAGUGGCAGUCAUACGCCGCACACCACCAGUGCCCAACAACAGCAGCAACCCACGCCCACUACCACCACGCCCGUGAAGGUCGAGAAGCUGCUGCAAUCGCCCAUCGCCCGGUUGGAGGCCCGGAAGAAGGAGCGCCGGAAACAGCGGCCCAAUUCGCUGGAGUCCAGUGCCGAGAGCGAGGCCAGCGGCAUGGACGUAGACCCCAGCAAUCCUGGCCAAGUGGACGCCGUCUCCAGCACGGCCAACUUCAAGAGUCCCCUCAGUGCCCUGGGCAUGGGGGAUAGCAACGAUGCCAAUGCCAGCGGAUGCGACAAGCAGUCGAAGAAGAAGCGCAAGCGGUGCGGCGAAUGCGUGGGCUGCCAGCGCAAGGACAAUUGCGGCGAGUGCGCUCCUUGCAGGAACGACAAGAGCCACCAGAUCUGCAAGCAGCGCCGCUGUGAGAAGCUCACCGAGAAGAAGGAACCCAAAGCCAAAACCAUGGUCUUCGGAGCCGAUGGUCAGCCCGUUCGACCCGAUUCGAAACGCGGCCGGGGCAAAGGAAAGUCCGCCAACUCCGGAAAUGGAUCGGUUAACGCCACAGGUAUCGCCGCCGGCAAUGGAACACCAACAACUGGGCAGUCACGCGCCCGCAAAAACUCCACCAAAGCAAACAAACUGAAUGCAGCCGCUGCAUCAGCAACAUCGCCUCGUCUAAGUCCAGUGCCGGCAGCAACACUGUUGCCGCAGCAAUCGCCAAAUACCACAGCAGCAACAGGCAACCUGCAGCAGCAACAGCAGCAGCAAUACCAGCAGCAUCAGCAACUUUUGUCGCAGCAACAGCAGCAACUCCUGUCGCAGCAGCAGCAACAGCAAUAUCAGCAGCCGCAGCAGCAACAGCAGCACUUCCAGCAGCAACAGCACUUGCAGCAGCAGCAGCAGCACGCACAGCAGCAACAUUUGCCACAGCAGCAACAUCAGAUAACCGCACAAAUCCAAACCAUGAAGGAUCAACCGCAGCAACCCAUGGCACCCAUGGCCUUCUAUCCCACAUGGCAGGCGGAUCCGUCGCAGGGCUGGCAGAACCAGUUCAUACAGCAGAUACCACAGAACACACCGGCCAUAACGUCCCUGAAUUCGCUGGACUUCCAGACGCAGUCGUAUGCGUAUCCCUCGAACGGCUAUGUGCAGUCGGGCCUGGGGUUCGAUCCCAACUAUGGCCGAUCGCCAUAUGCGGCGCCAGUGCAGCGCUACGAUUUCCAGAGUCAGCAGUUAUCCUCGGCUCCGUCGGCCAUCAAUCAGGUGGGUCUGCAGGGGUUUGCUCCCAGUUACGCCACCCCAGUGCCGCCCUCGCAGCAGCAGCAACAGCAGCAGCAGCAGCAACAGCAACAGCAGCAGCAGCAACAGCAGCAACAUUUGGGAGCGGAUCUGAAUAAGACGAUGUCGUCGGGAAACGACACGCCUGGAUAUCCGCGGGUGAGCAGCGUGCCGCCGCGCUCACUCAACUGUAACGGGUAUUCAGGCGAUUACAGCGGUUCCCCAACCACCAACAGCAGCAACAGUAACAACAACAGCAACAACAACAACAACAGUAGCAGCAACAACACCAGCAACAACACUAGCAACAGCAAUCCCCCCACAGUGGUAAGUGGUGGCACCACCACCCCAGCACCACCGCCCACUGUAGUGGCUCAGCCAGCCUCUUCGCCCAUGCAACCACCCAACCAGGCGGUGCCGCAGUCGCCCACGCGCAGCAACAUGUUGCAGGUGCAGCAACAGCAGCAGCAACAUCAGUCGCCCACGGGCAAUGGCCUGCAGCCCUAUGUGGCACCCCAGCAGCAACAUCUCGCCUCGCCACCCAUGCAGGAUUGGAACUGGCAGCAGCAGCAACAACAGCAGCAGCAGCAGCAACAGCAGCAGCAACAGCAGCAAUCUCUGGCUGGUGAGGGCUAUCCGCAGGGUGAAAGACUACACCUAAACACCCGCAUCAAGUCCAUGAUUAUGCGCAAAAGUGAUCCCAAGGAUCCGCCGCCUGAUUUGCAGCAACAGCAGCAGCAGCAGCAACAGCAGCAACAGCAGCAACAACCGGCGGUGCAGCAACAACAGACCGGUCAUUUUUUAUCGUAUAGCCACCAUCUCCGGCCCGAAGCGGCGCUGAGCGCCAACGGACCGAGCAGUGCCACGCCCACCCACGCAAUGCCGCCCAGCCUGCAGCAGCAGCAGCAGCAACAAGUGCAGCAGCAGCAGCAGCAGCAGGUGCAGCAGCAACAACAACAGCAGCAACAGGCAGUUGUUGGUGGGACAGUUGCUGCCGAGCCGAUCGGAGGUGGUGGCGAUCACAUCUGGAAGCCACACCACGCCAACUCAUUCAAAAAGCCCAGCGUGGUUAGUGGUUACCCAGCCGGACAGGAUGCCCAGUUGCAGCUGCAGUUGCAGCAACACCAGCCAGGCCAACACACGACCAUCAGUCAUUCAGUGGAGCCACCAGUGGUGGUCUCUGCACCGCCCAUUCCGGUGGCCACGCAACCCAAGAAAUCCCGGAGUCGCAGUAAAGCCAGCAGAGCAGCAGCUGCGGCAGCAGCAGCCGCAGAAGCAGCAGCGGAAAUCGAUAGGGAUCGCAACUCCACAGAUCCCGGAGGCGGUGGUGGCCUGAUGAAGCCCCUCAGUGGCGCCCACUAUCCCCACCCGCAUCCGCACGGAGGAGCACCCAAUCAGGACUAUCACACGCAGUACAUUAAAACCGAACCGGGUCUCCUCGGACCCCCGCAGCCCAAUAAAAUGGAGGGCUACGAGCGGAACUACCAGAAUUUCAUUCAGUACGCAGACUUUUGCCAAAACGAUGGUCAGGGUCAGCCGGUGCAACAGCAUCAUGGUCAUGGGCAGCAGGACUACGCCGGCUAUCACCACAAUUCAGCUUAUUAUGGGGCCGGAGCCAGUAGUUUUCAGCAGAAUUUCCAGCAGAAUUUUGUCCCCGGAUAUCAGCACUCCACUUACGGAGGCAGAGGAAAGCCACCCGCCAAUCCAACGCAUCAAAUCCAUGGACAUGGCCAGAGUUUGAUGGAAUUGGACAGGAAACCGGACACACAGAGCAUUAUACCACUGCCCACGAACUAUGAGAAGGAUAUACCCGCCUAUCCCAUUCCGCCGCAUCGAUAUGCGCUGGGACAUGGAGCUCCACCGCCGCAUUUGAGUCACCACGGGAUGCUGGAGCCCAAGAUCGAGGAUAUGGGAAUGCUGGGACAUGGCGGGGGCUAUGCCUAUCUGGGCGGUGAGGGAAAACCGCUGAACAAUGGCUUCUCCUGCUGCCGACAGGGCGGAACUCGACCGCCCACGGCAGAGCACUUAAAGGAUGGCACCUGCCUGGGAUUGGGCAUUCAGCCCAAGGAGGAACUCAUCGACGAGGACGAGCUCAUCGACACCCAUGGCAAUGGGCUGAAGCCCAUUGGGGGCGUGGGCAAGGCCAAGGGUAAGCAGAAGCCCGACGAGAUACCCGAAAUCGUGGUGAAGCACGAGAAGAUCAACCCCAUGUUCGACACCACGGAUCGACUGGAGAAGGGCAACAAGACCGAGAUUCCCGAGUGCGAGUGCUUCCAGUCCGACAAGAAUCCUCCGGAGCCGGGCACAUACUACACGCAUCUGGGCACGGCAUCCUCCCUAAUGGAAUUACGAAGAGAAUUCGAGGAGCGUUGCAAUCUCACGGGUCGCCAGUUGAGGAUCGAGAAGAUUGUCUACACGGGAAAGGAGGGCAAGACUUCCCAAGGAUGUCCAGUGGCCAAGUGGGUCAUCCGAAGAGCUGAUCUCGAAGAGAAGAUUCUGGUGGUGGUCAAAAAACGACCAGGUCACAGAUGCAUAGCUGCCUACAUAGUGGUGUGCAUGGUGGCUUGGGAUGGAAUGCCUCGUUUGGAGGCGGAUAAUGCCUACAAGAAUCUGAUCCCGAAGCUCAACAAAUACGGCCUGCCCACCACGCGAAGAUGUGCCACCAAUGAGAAUCGCACCUGUGCCUGUCAAGGACUCGAUCCGGAAUCCUCUGGUGCCUCGUACUCCUUCGGCUGCUCCUGGUCGAUGUACUACAACGGCUGCAAGUACGCCCGCUCCAAGACGGUGAGGAAGUUCCGGCUGUCGGUGAAAAGCGAGGAGGCUGCCAUCGAGGAUCACAUGAACCUGAUUGCCACCCUGCUGGCACCGGUCUUCAAGCAAGUGUGUCCGCGGUCCUACGACAAUCAGACGAAGUACGAGCACGAGGCCAGCGAUUGCCGGCUGGGCCUGGAGCCCGGGAAACCCUUUUCCGGGGUGACAGCCUGCCUGGACUUCUGCGCCCACUCGCACAGGGAUCUGCACAACAUGCAGGACGGCUGCACGGUGCAUGUGGCUCUGCUGAAGCCCGGCAAUCGGGACACCCGCCUUCCGGAUGACGAACAGUUCCACGUCCUGCCCCUGUACACGAUGGACGGCACCGACGAGUUCGAGAGUGUCGAGGGCCAGCGGGACAAGCACCGCACCGGUGCGGUGCAAAUGCUGGACAAAUUCCCCUGCGAAGUACGCGUGCGAUCGACCCCGUUGAUACCCUGCAGAAGGCAUGGCAAAAAGCGGAAGGAGGGCGACGAGGCGGCGCCACCGGAUGGAGAUCAGGAUGCGGUGGGCGAUGCCAACAGUCAGAGCAGCUCCAGCAAUGGUGGUGCUCCCACGCAGGGCAACAACAGCAACCAGCAGAGUAGUCCACCAGCUUUGGGUUCGGCCAAUCACAUCAAGAAGGAGAACGGGGUGGCCGCCAACGGAGGAGGAGGAGGAGGAGGAGGAGGAGGAGGUGCGGGAUCAGCCAAGUCCAAGGGCAAGGGCAAGUCCAAUCAGUCCAAUAACUCCAGUGCUUCCACGCCGGGAUCAGCGCCGCCUUCGACUCCCUCGCCGCGAUGCCAAACGCCAGUGACGAACAAUCCCAGUCCGGCGGGCAGUGCUUUCAGCACCCCACCCGUCCAUGGCUCCAAUCCCAAUCCUGCCCAGAGCAAUGGUCAGACCAGCACGGGCAAUCAGCCGGGCCAGCUAAUGAGCUCCAACUCCAGCCUGAUGAACAUGGCCACCAUGAUCGACACGUUCACCGAUGCCCAGCUGCAGUCCAAUCAGAUCUCAAGCACUGUCUUGGAUUCCCCGUACUCCUAUGACUAUCAGACGGGUUCGUAUAUCGACUCCAGGAACUACUAUGGCCAGUGGCCCACGCCUCAUGCUCCCAUGGGCAUGCAGGUGGGCGGAGGGGCAGGAGCUGGAGGUCCUGGAAACCCUGGAGCAGCUGUUCCCGGAGUGGGUCCACCCUUGACACCCACCACGCCCACGGCUCAGCCGCAAUUGGCCACACCCACUGCUCUGCCAGGCGGCGGAGGAGCGCCGGCUGCAGCUGCACUGCCAGCUGCUGCUGCUCCUCCUGCUGCUGCUUCUGCUGCUGCUGCCAUCACAGCCAAUGCUCAGCUGGAGACGAGUAAUGGCUAUGGCACGGGUAGCUAUCAAACGCUGGUCUCCAAUCCCGCCUCGAAUCUGGUCAAUCCGGGCGGAGGAGUGGCCCCACCUGCCGAAGUGCAGCACUUACAACAGCAACAGCAGAAUCCGCAGCAGCAACAGGGUUCGCUAAUACCCAGCCUAGUGGGUGGCCCACCUGGUGGUGACCUCAAGAGCAGACUGGUCAGUGGCGAGGAGAAUCCCGAUUCUACUACGCUAGUGAACCACCAUCAUCAUCAUCAUCAGCAUCACAAUCUGACGGAGAGCAAGUUGACUGCCCUGACUUCCAUGCAACCGAUGACGAACCUGGCCCAAUUGACCACCUCGCAUCAUCCGCCGCAUCAGGAGGGAUUCGUGAAGCCGAAGCCACCGCAUCAGCCCAGUGACUACACGGCCCAGUACACGGCUCAGUAUCCGAAUAACUACCAGAUGUAUCCACCGCCGCCGCCACCGCCACACUCGGCCUACUCCGCCUACGAUGCCUACCAGAACAUGAACUACAACUAUGGUUAUCACCAGGCGUACUCACCCUACGGCAUGUAUCCCCAGCAGACGCCGCCGCCCACGCCUCCGCCGCCCUCUCCCAACUGGAAUAUGUAUGGUCAUCACCAGACGACGGGCGCUGUGAACUCCGGCUAUGGCGGAGUGGCCAAUCCUGCGGUGUUGGCCAGUCCAGCGGGUGUCAGCCUACAGAAGCCCAUAGUGCAGCAUCAGCAGGUGCAACAGCAGGUGCAACAGCAGGUGCAGCAGCAGGUGCAACAACAGCAACAACAACAACAACAGGAACCUCCACAAACCAUCCUGCCCGAGCUGAGUAAUGGCCAAACCACUGCCGAAACAGUGGCCACGCCCACGCCAGCUGGAGAAACGUCUCCCAGCAAUGAUGCAGUAUCGUUGCAGCCAGGAAAUCCAGUAAAUCCAGGUAAUCCUGGCAAUCCAACAGCUGCCACACCAGCUCCCUCGCCGGGCAGCACAAACUCCAGCAAAAUCGAACCCAUUGGCGAGGUGGCCGAGAUCAAUGAGAACAUCGAGGCCUUCCAGGAUCCACAGAUGGGGGGCGUGGCCAUUGCUUUGAAUCAUGGCAGUGUCCUCAUCGAAUGUGCCAAACAUGAAAUGCAUGCCACGACGGCAGUGCGAAGACCAGAUCGUCAUCAUCCCACCCGGAUGACGCUGAUCUUCUACCAGCAUCGCAAUCUCAACCGAUGUCGUCAUGGCAUCGACGAGUGGGAGGAGAAGAUGCGGGUGAAGAAGAUCAACACGGAUCUGGACAAUAAAGCCAAAGAGGAACGCGAGCGUUUGAUUAAGAAGGCAGCUGGCGAGGAUCUGGACGAGCUGGAUGAGGAUGGACUCAUGCAGGACGAACCCAUGACAGUGCCGGUGAAGAAAGAAACCUCGAAUGGCGGCCAAAACAUGAAGAACGGAGCCAGUGGCAGUAAAAAGAAGAAAAGUAGCGCCGCCGCUGAGGCUAAGAAAAACCUGCAAAAUAACAGCGAGCAGUCAAAAAACGAGAAGGUUGCCCUCCAUGCACCAACACUGACGACCACGUCGUGGACGACCCUGUUCCCCAUGCAUCCGUGCGUGGUUUCGGGGAAAUAUCCGGAGGGCAAUAGCAGUCCGACCUCGUCCACGAACAACGCCCCUGGUGGCUGCCCCCCAUCGCAGUUGCCCCCGGCACCGCCUCCUGGCAGUGGGCUCCUCCCUCCGCCCACGGCCACGCCCACUGGCACCGCAGCAGCAGCACCACAGCCGCCCACUCCGCAUCAGCAGCCGCAUCAGCCGCAUCAGCAGCAGCAGCAGACCUGAAUCUCUUCAGGCUGAGGGGUUACUACUGGUAGUCCCUAAUCUUAAGCAUCCACAUAAAGCAGCCCUGUUCCAAAAUUGAAUAUCGAUAGGAUUAGGCGGUUUGGAAAACAAAAAAAACCUGAUAAUAUAUUUCAAGUUAAAGAAAUUAAAAUGGUUUAAAAAAAAACAUUCAGAAAA